CUCAUGUGGUACAGUUGGAAACGCUAAAUCUCUUACCAACAUCAAGCCUUUACGGCUUUUAAAUAGCUAGCUUAUUCUAAGCUACGCUAAAAACAUCCAACAUCCUUAUAAGCAGCACAAACAACAUCCAAGAUUAUGGCCAGCGCUCCAUUGCUGCUAGAGAACAUCAUUUACAAGAAGCGCAAUUAUGUAUUUGCCUUUGUGCGCCAUCGUCUCUUUGUGUUAUGCAAACAAUCGCUUGUACGCGUUCAAUCUGCGGAGGGCAUAAAACGUAUUGAGAUCUCGCCAAAAUCCAAUCUGAAGCAGCUGUAUGAUAGCGUGCAGACAACUCUAAGAGUUGAUGGUUUUGGCCUCUUUAAAGACCGCACUUUUCUCACAGAACUCCAUGCCAAUGGGUCUCAAUUGGUGGGCACAACAUUGAAACAUGGCGAUAUGAUCUACUUAAAACAAAUGGCUGGCACGUCAACACGCCGAACUAGUACCACGGUUUUGGAGAAUCCGGCAUUCAGUAAGGCUGUAUCCAUUGAUGAUCACAGUAAUAGCAGUAGCUCUGCCGCCCGUCCAUCACAGGAAGUCGUCGAGGAUGCGGUCGAUCAACUGUUGGCCAAAGCAGAUGGUAGCAUCAAGCGGGAACGGGAUACUAAGCUUUGUCAUCAUAAUGCCAAUGGACGUUGUGUUCACUGCUCAGCAUUGGAACCAUACGAUGAAUCUUAUCUAAAAGAGCACAAUAUCAAACACUUGUCAUUUCAUUCGUAUAUACGAAAACAAACAUCGGGCAUGAGUCAGGGGAAAUAUUUCGUAUUCGAUGACAUCAAUUGCCGUAUUCGUCCCGGUUGCCGUGAGCAUCCGCCAUGGCCCAAAGGAAUCUGUUCCAAAUGCCAGCCAUCGGCUAUAACGCUAAAUCGUCAAACCUAUCGACAUGUGGAUAAUGUCAUGUUUGAGAAUACCAAAAUUGUGGAACGUUUUCUAAAUUAUUGGCGGACCACAGGACACCAACGUAUGGGCUAUUUGUAUGGCACUUAUGAACAGCAUACAGACGUACCGCUUGGCAUAAGAGCCAGAGUUGCUGCUAUUUAUGAACCGCCACAGGAAUCGUCACGAGAUUCGCUUAAUAUAUUGCCGGAUGAGGGGUCUGCCGAUGUAGAAGCUGUGGCAGCUGCUUUAGGGCUGAAAAAAAUUGGUUGGAUUUUCACGGAUCUAAUAACGGCCGAUGCCACCGUUGGCACUGUAAAACAAAUUCGUGGCAUUGAUACCCAUUUUCUGACCGCCCAGGAAUGCAUAACGGCUGGUGAGCUUCAAAAUCGUCAUCCCAAUCCAUGCAAAUAUGCCACAAAUGGCGUUUUUGGAUCAAAAUUUGUGACUAUUUGUGUAACAGGCGAUCAAACGAAACAAGUUCAUAUGGAAGGUUAUGCUGUCUCUGCUCAAUGCAUGGCUCUGGUCCGUGAUAAUUGCCUUUUACCCACCAAGGAUGCUCCCGAAUUAGGCUAUGUACGUGAAUCGACGGACAAACAAUAUGUUCCAGAUGUUUUCUAUAAGGAGAAAGACCAAUACGGCAAUGAGGUACAGCGUCUGGGACGUCCGCUGCCCGUAGAGUAUCUUCUGGUGGAUGUGCCCGCCUCAACGCCGCUGCAGCCGCAAUACACUUUCACCAAGUACGACCAGCGUCAACCAUUCCCUGUUGAGAAUCGCUACAUCGAUGGCCAUCUGCAGGAUUUUAAUGCCCUGAGCAAUUAUCUAUCCGCCUGGGGCGAUGAAGAGUUCCUCGAAGCUAUUUCGGACUUCCAUUUGCUGAUCUUUUUGUACAAAAUGGACAUGUUGCCACUGCGCCAGCACAUGGCUCCCCUUAUGGAGGCAGUGCGCACUAAGAAUCCAAAUCAGGCGGCCGAAUUCAAGGGUACAGAAGUCUGGAAACUACUGGAGUCCCUGAUCCAGGCCAGCUCUGGCAGCACUGGUGGUACAACCAAUUAUUCCAGUGACAUUGGACCGACUGCCAAUGCUGGUGGCUCAUCUGGCUCAGAAGCCAUGGAUCUGGAUGCAAAUACCUGGACAUGUAAUCACUGCACCUUCAUCAAUCGCGGCGAACUUACUUCCUGUGAAAUAUGCUCAUUGCCCAGAUAAGAGAGUCAAACGAGCGGGGGGAAUCACAGCUAAGCAAAAGAUAGAUAUAUAUACAUAUAUAAAUAAAUAAACCAUUCAAAAUUCUGGUGUGAACGAAACUAAA